AAAACUUUCAAAAAGUGAUUAUAAGUGACACCAAAUGGAAGAUUUAGUAUAUAUCAUACCCAACGCCACUAGUCUACCGAGUUUUGCCAAACUAUAUGACGUUCCCAUUGGUCUAAUUGUAUUGUUGGCCAUAGCAUACGGCACGGUAUCGUUGUGUGCUAUCAUAGGUAACGGUGUCGUCCUAUGGAUAGUCGUGCGGUCGCAUCGUAUGCGGACAGUAACCAACAUAUUUUUGGCAAACUUGGCCUUCGCUGAUAUGUUGAUCGGCGCGCUGUCCAUACCUUUCCAGUUUCAGUCGGCUCUACUCCAGCGCUGGCUAUUACCACAGUUUAUGUGUCCGUUCUGUCCAUUCAUUAAUGUUGUUUCAGUGAAUGUAUCGAUCUUUACGUUAACCAGUAUUGCGAUCGAUCGCUAUAUAAUAGUUGUCAACCCGUUGUGGCCACGACUCACCAAACGUAAAGCUCAGGGUAUUAUAAUUGCCAUUUGGAUUGUUGCCAUUAUAACGGCACUACCUAUGUAUGUGGCACUGGGCGUUAGUAUGAUUCCCGAUGAUGUGGCCAUCAGUAAAAUGAAUUUAACAAAUCUAUUCACAAAUAUUAACCAAACCUAUAAUGAGGACAAUUAUCUUGUGUUACCAUUGAAACACUUUUGUCAUAAUAUAGGAAUAUCACCGGAACUGUUAAAACUUUAUAAUCGAUUUCUUGUGGUAAUUCAGUAUUUUCUACCUGUGCUUCUCAUUAGUGGAGCGUAUGGACGGAUGGCAUACACGCUCUACAUUGAGACUGUAAACCGUCGCGACAAUAGUCAAAGACAACACCAAAUGGUUUAUAAAUUGAGAAGAAUUGAUGCCAUAAACCAUAGGACGCAUCGAAACAACAAUAGAAACCAAUCUUCAAAUACGAAUCAAUUGUUUAUCAAUAGAGAAAAAAGAAAGGUAUUAAAACUAUUGGUCAUAAUUGUGGUAUUGUUUGCGCUAUUUUGGUUACCAUUGCAAACAUAUAAUGCGAUAUCAGAUAUAUUUCCACAAAUUAAUGAAUAUGAAUACAUUAACAUUAUAUGGUUUUGUUGUCAUUGGCUGGCAAUGAGUAAUUCAGUAUUAUUGCCCUAA